AUGAUUCUCUCCGACCAAAACUUUUUGCAGACCCAAUUGAAAGAGCCACAAACGGUGCAACCAAAGAAUCCGGAAUUGACUUGCGAAAUCCAAGGAAAUUUGUAUAAGGUGAAGCCGAUUAGCAAUCGCAACGGACAUUUGAUUGCCCAAUACCGUAUCCACGCAAGAAAACCGUUACAAUUAACGAAGAUGGAUGAGGACGAGAUCUGCGCAAUUGAGACAUUCGUUUCUACGGGAAAAAGAUAUGAUCAUGAUGAAAUGGAGACGUCGCAUUAAAUGAAAAACUUUGACAGUUUUUCUACUGUUUCUUGUUUGAUGCUAAUAUUAACUUUAUUUGCAGACCGUUCAGUCGUACGUAUGGAAUUAUCUUGGAAGAAACAUGAUGGAAUCACCGGAUUCAUUGAUCGCUGAAUGGCUAUGGUUGCAGCUUGUAUCCUACAAGGCUUUUUUCAGUUCUUUUUCUCAGUUCUGUAA